AUGUCACGACGCAGCUUCGUCUUCACGUCCACGGCCUUGCGCUCUCUUGAACUUGAUGAAGACAUGCUGGAGAGAGACAAGUACAAGAAGCAGCUGGCAGCCCAUCACUUCAAUAGCUAUAUGCUGAAGAAGGAGAUCAGGGAGAGGGCACAGCUGAGGUCCAGCACUUCCAUGAUGCCACCAGCUGUCUGCCAAGAUGUGGUCGUCCAGAACGCUCUGUAUACAGGAGACCUGGAGGCUAUACAGCAAGUCUUUCCUCGAGGAUCCAUAGUGAACCUCAUCAUCGAGCCACAGGGAGGGGACAUGCGCUGGGUCGCCACAGGGGAAGGAAUAUGGUCUCUGAAUUACGAGCAGGAGCUGACCACACCCCUUCACAUCACGGCUGGCCGAGGCUACUCAGACUGCCUGAGACACCUGCUGCAGCGCGGGGCCAACGUAGACAUGGCACCAGGGGGCACCACCGCCCUGCAUGAGGCUUGUGAAAACUGCCAGACAGAGUGUACCAAACUGCUGCUGAUUCAUGGUGCCAAUGCCAACGCUGUCAGUGAGGACGGCCUCAUGCCACUGCACCUCUGUACAAGCCCAGAGUCCCUUGAAUGUGCCAAGUAUCUCCUUCAGUACGGCGCAGCAAUCAACGGUCGCAGUCUCGAUGAAGACGACACUCCCUUACAUGUGGCAGGAAGGAACGGCCUCCCACACCACACUGAGCUCUACCUGCGUUAUGGAGCCGCUGUGGACAAAAAGAACAUCGAGGGUCUCACGCCGCUGAACGCUGCUUGUUCGCAACCCCAGGAGGUGCAGGAGCUUGAGCGUUACUUCAAGGUGUGCCAGAUGCUGCUGGAGGCGGGGGCUCAAAUCCACACUCAGGACCAGGACAGACACACACCUUUGCACAUGGCCUGUAAGAACGCAAACCCAGACAUAGUUGAUCUGCUGCUGGCUAAAGGGGCCUGGGUUAACGAAAUGGACUACGGUGGAGAAGCUCCCAUGCACAAUAUCCUGAAGGUGGUGUGCUACAAGGUUUCCCAUCAGCCUGAGAGGAUCGUCCGUGCUCUGCUCAACCAUGGCUCUAUCAGGGUGUGGCCCGGAGCUCUGCCCGUGGUUUUGAAGCACUGCUGUGGAUCACCACGCACCAUCGAGGUUCUUCUCAACGCUUACAGUAACCUGAAAGUCACAGACUCCUGGGUCGAAGCUGUGUCACUGGAGGUGUUCAAGAAGCACAAAGACUUCUAUGACUCCGUCUUCUCGCUGGAGCGGACUCCUCGCUCCCUGCAGCACUUGGCGCGCUUCAGAUUCAGGACCUUCCUGGAGGGACGGGUACAAAAUGUGGUCCCUAAACUGGAUCUGCCCACCUUCAUCAAGAACUACCUGCUGCUGGAGUACAGAGGCUACAUCCACUAAGAGCGCUGUGUGUGUAGUGUGUGUGUGUGUGUGUGAGUGAGUGUGGGCCCUGAGUGCUGCUACAUGUGAGGAAGGAGCAGGUGUUUUCCACUGGAUAAUAUUCAAUAUUAAAUGUAGCACUUUAUAUUAUUACAUUAAUAUGUUUAAAUGCAUUUUUGUGCCACACAUUUCAGGAUGAAGAAUCAGCUGCUUGUUCUCUGUCACUUUUAUUCCAGCUUCAUUUUUGAUUUUGCCCCACAAGAGGGAGCUGUAGACUAGAUUUGAUCAAAUACAUGGCAGGUAUGUGAUUGUACGUUUUAUAUUUUUAUUUUAUGGACAUUUUUUUUUACUUGUGUAGGUGAUGGUUAAUAGGUGCUUUUAUUUUUUAUACACAAUGAUUAUUAUGGCAGUUUGAUGUUAAUGCGCACGGUGAUGAUGUGUUGAGGUUGCUUUAUAUAUUUGCAUAAAUAAUUAUUCCCACCGGUGUUGUUGUAAUUAGGCGUUUUUAAUUUAAAAAAAUAGGCUUGGUGUAAAAAAAUAAAAUAUUCAACUAUGCACAUGUGAUCUACUCAUUGCAUUGUUUUUUUAUUAUUCUUGUUACAUUUUCUCUAUUUCUCCUCUCGUGCCUCUACUUGUACUCUGCUGUUUAGUGUCAUU